GCCAUACUGCACAGUGCCUUCAGAAACCUUCCAAAAAUAACCAGUACAAGAGAAUAUCAAACAAUCUCUUUGCAUUUCAAGAACAGAAAAUAGCAUUUUGAUCUCAUCACAGAGAGAGAUGUCGACUCUAACAAUUCCCAAAUUGAUUCCUUCACCGACAGAAGACGCGGAGCAGCUCCGGAAAGCAUUCGCAGGAUGGGGAACAAAUGAACAGUUGAUCAUAUCCAUUUUGGCUCACAGGAAUUCAGCUCAACGCAAGUUAAUCCGGCAAACUUAUUCUGAAACUUAUAAAGAGGAUCUCCUCAAAGCGCUGGAAAAAGAACUGUCAAGCGACUUUGAGAGAGUAGUACUUCUGUGGACAUUGGAUCCCUCUGAACGUGAUGCCCUGUUGGCUAAUGAAGCUGCGAGUAAGUGGAAAACUAGCAAUCAUGCUCUUGUAGAAAUAGCCUGUGCAAGAUCUUCCAAAGAACUAUUUUUGGUGAGGCAAGCUUAUCAUGCUCGUUUCAAAAGAUCCCUUGAAGAAGAUGUUGCAGCUAAUACAACAGGUGACUUCCGCAAGCUUUUGGUACCUCUCGUAAGCUCAUACCGGUAUGAGGGAGAAGAGGUGAACAUGACAGUGGCAAAGUCAGAGGCCAAGAUACUGCACAACAAGAUCUCAGAGAAACAUUACAGCCAUGAAGAACUCAUCAGGAUUCUGACAACAAGGAGCAAAGCACAGUUGAAUGCGACAUUCAAUCAGUACAACGACACAUUUGGGAAUCCAAUCAGCAAGGAUCUGAAGGCCAAUCCAAAAGACGACUAUCUGUCAAUGUUGAGAGCUUCAAUACGGUGCAUGACAUACCCAGAGAAAUAUUUCGAGAAGGUCCUUCGACUGGCGAUCAACAAGAUGGGAACAGACGAGGGAUCUCUUACCAGAGUCAUUACCACUAGUGCCGAUGUCAACAUGAAGGCGAUAAAGGAGGCAUACCAACGAAGGAACAGCAUUCCGCUAGAUGGUGCCAUUGCAAAGGCCACUUCUGGCGACUAUGAGCAAUUCCUUCUGGCCUUGAUCGGACAUGGGAGCACCUGAGCUCUCAGGUGCUACAAAAUGGGUCUGUAUCCCUUGCUCUGACAUUAAAAUAUGUAGGGUAUGCAUAUCUGGCUCGUAUCUUAUCUAGGCUGUUUUGAAUAAUGGUUUUGAUGCGAGAACAUCUUGGCUGUUUUGAAUAAUGGUUUUGACGCGAGAACAGUGCUUUUGUCUGUA